AUGGGCUUAUCUCUCGAUCCUAUUUUCCUAUUAUUCGAAACAGCCAUAUACUAUGAUGAGAACAGUCGAGACGACGAAGUGAUAGAUACAACAGCUACUCUUGCCGAAUUGGAGAAAAUGCCUCAUGUUGGUGUAACGCUGCGUCCAUUGACAACCAGUCGACUUGGCCGAAUGUCCUCUUCAGGCAUGGCGGGAAGCCAGAGUGGUCAUAUGCUCAACGGCGAAGAGAGUCUCUCGGCCAGCAAGUUUUUGUUUAUUGUUUUGUCGAUUUUUAGACCUUUGACAUUUUUAAGCGAUCCUAUAGUUAUAAUCUUUUCAGAUAAAUUGGCUUGGAUUGAGUGUUUUUAUAAUAUUUCUUUAAACCUUAUAAACACAAAGUUUUUAAUGCGCUGA